AUGGCACAAGCAGUGGCUGAUCUAGCUGAGGGCGCAGUCCAAGUGGGCAUCGCAAUUUUCGGCGCAAUCUUCAACUCGGGCGCAGACAAGGAUUUUCGAAGCUCUUGGACACAAGUUCAAAUCGGAGACAUGUCGUCCAAGAACCCCGGGAAGAACGUCAUGUGCGUCUUCACCAAGCACGACGCAUCCAAGCUCGUCAACAGCACAAUGACCAUUCGAGAAUGCACGUGUCCCAACAGCGGUUCGGUUUUGACGUAUUCUUGCUAUGUCUUCGAUUCAGGCCCGUUUGUGUUGCAGGGGGACGGAGGAUACCUGAACUGGUGUUUUGCUGGCAACUUCACCCGCGACGGCGGCAAUGUGACUUUCAAUCCGUUGAGUUAA